AUGGAUGUAAAAGAGAAACAAAGUCUCCCCUCCGGGAGGAGCCCAUCACCACACCGACAGGCUGAGCAGGAGGAGGAGGAGGAGGAGGAGGAGAGUGGGGCUUUGCUUUUAUCAACCCCCCGAAGGUUUCGCACCAAACUUGUGGGCCUCAGCACGCUACACGUGUCGUGGAAGGAGCCAAAGGGAGACUUUGGAAGCUACAAAGUCAUGUAUACCACCCGACCAGGUGGAGAGGAGAGGGAGGUUCAGGUGUCGAAGCAGGAGGCGAAGCUGGUCGUAGAAGACUACGACCCUUCGAAGGAGUACAGCUUUAAGAUCACCGCUGUCAGUGGAGCGCAGGAGAGCAAACCGCUCUACGGCAAACAGGAGGCGCAGCGUUCCGGGGCUGAGACGGUGCAGCCUCAGAGGAGGCAGGACUCGCGUGUCGCCGUGGAAACCAACGAGAUCUCGGAAGCAGAGGAGAGGUUUUUGUGUAAGACUCCGGCCAUCGCCGACAUCGUCAUUCUGGUGGACGGCUCGUGGAGCAUGGGUCGCAUCAACUUCCGGCUGGUCCGAAUGUUCCUGGAGAAUCUGGUCAAGGCCUUCACCGUGGAGAUCGACAAAACCAGAAUCGGUCUGGCUCAGUACAGUGGAGACCCCAGGAUAGAGUGGCACCUGAAUGCUUACACCACUAAGGAUGCUGUGAUCGAUGCAGUGAAGAACCUGCCUUACAAAGGAGGAAACACACUCACAGGUUUGGCUCUGACCUAUAUUCUGGAGAACAGCUUCAAACCAGAGUCCGGCUCCAGAGCCGGCGUUCCCAAGAUCGGAAUCCUCAUCACAGAUGGGAAGUCCCAGGAUGAUGUCAUUCCUCCUGCCCAGAGCCUGAGGAAUGCUGGGAUUGAGCUAUUUGCCAUUGGUGUUAAGAACGCCGAUGAGAAUGAGUUGAAGGCCAUCGCCUCUCCGCCAGAGCAGACUCAUGUGUACAACGUAGCUGACUUCAGCGUGAUGAACGAUAUCGUUGAGGGCCUCACCAGGGCCAUCUGUGACCGUGUGGAGCAGCUUGACAAGGCCCUCAAAGGUGACACCAGCCCCCCAUCCACCACCGUUGCUCCUCCCCGUGACCUUGUGACUUCUGAUAUCACAGCUCGUAGUUUUCGGGUGACGUGGACCCAUGCCCCCGGCCUGGUGGAGAAGUACCGGGUGGUAUUUUACCCGGCUAGUGGAGGACAGCCUGAGGAAAAGGUGGUCCAAGGAACGGAGAACUCGGUGUUGCUGAAUUACCUCAACUCCCUGACGGAGUACCAGGUGGCCGUGUUCGCCGUCUACCGCAGCUCGGCCAGCGAGGCGCUGAGGGGGAGCGCUACCACAUUGGCCCUGCCCAUGGUGAAUGACCUGGAGUUGUUUGACAUCACCCACAGCACGAUGAGGGUACGCUGGAAGACGGCCGCAGGGGCUUCUGGGUACAUGAUCCUCUACGCCCCGCUGACCGAGGGAGACCCUGCCGAUGAAAAGGAGGUGAAGGUGGCAGAGACGGUGAAUGAGGUGGAACUGGAGAGACUGACUCCUGACACUGAGUACACCGUCACCGUCUACGCCAUGUAUGGAGAGGAGGCCAGCGAUCCAAUCACCAGCCAGGAGACCACUUUACCGCUGACUCCCGUGAGGAACCUGCGUUUCUCCGAGGUGGACCACAGCUCUGCCCGGCUCACGUGGGACUCCGUCUCCAGAAAGGUCAACGGGUACCGCAUCAUGUACGUCAAGACCAACGGCGUACAGACCAAUGAGGUGGACGUUGGCCGUGUGACCUCCUGGCACCUCAGGAACCUGACCUCGCUGACAGAGUACACGGUGGCCAUCUUUGCCGUGUAUGACGAGGGACAGGCCGAGCCGCUGACCGACAGCUUUACUACAAAGACUGUUCCAGAACCUCUGGAUCUGAAGAGCAGUGACGUUUCCACGGAGAGUUUCCAGGUGUCAUGGCAACAGGCGGCUUCUGACGUGGUUCUGUACCGACUCACUUGGACCCCCACCCAGGGGGGAGACACCAAGGAGGCUCUGCUGAACAAGAACGUGAACAGCUACCUGCUCACGGGACUCGUGCCUUCCACCCAGUAUGAGGUCACCCUGGCGGCUGUCUACGGCGACGAAGCCGAGAGCAAAGCGGUGGCCCACAUCCAGUCCACCGUUGCAAGAACCACCACCGUUGCCAUGACGACCACCACCAGCGCAGCCCCUCGCUACGGCGUGAGGAACCUCCAGAUUAACGAUGAGACGACCUUCAGCCUGCAGGUGUCCUGGCAGAUGGCCGACACCAGGAAUGUCAAACACUACCGGCUGGCCUACGUCACCGCCAGGGGAGACCGCGCAGAAGAGGCGAGGACGGUGCCGUCGGCUCAGAGCAGCCUGCUGCUGCAGCCUCUGCUGUCCGACACCGAGUACAAAGUCACCGUCACACCCGUGUACCAGCACACAGAUGGACCCAGCGCCACACGGGUGGGACGCACACUACCUCUCUCAGCCCCUAGCAACCUCCGUGUAUCAGACGAAUGGUAUAACCGCUUCAGGAUCAGCUGGGACACCCCGCCUUCCCCCACCAUGGGCUACAGAGUGGUGUACCAGCCUCUGUCUGCUCCUGGACAGGCCCUGGAGACUUUCGUGGGCGAAGACGUCAACACCAUGCUCAUCCUCAACCUGCUGAGUGGGACGGAGUACAGCGUCAAGGUCAUCGCGUCCUACACCACCGGAUCCAGCGAGGCCCUGUCCGGGAGAGCCAAGACAUUGUAUCUGGGGGUGACCGGCCUGGCUGCGUACCACAUGAGGAUGAACAGCAUGUGCGCCCAGUGGCAGCCUCAUCGCCAUGCCAGCACCUACAGGGUGGUCAUCGAGUCGCUGCUCAACGGUCAGAAGCAGGAGACCAAGCUGGGCGGUGGCGCCUCCCGGCACUGCUUCAACAACCUGAAGGCCAACACGCAGUACAGGAUCAGCGUCUACGCUCAGCUGCACGAUGGAACGGAGGGACCUGCCGUCGCCGCCGUUGACAAGACACUGCCCAUCCCCACCCCAGCACCAACCAGACCCCCAACAACGACCCCUCUGCCAACCAUCCCUGCUGCUAAGGAAGUGUGCAAGGCGGCCAAGGCGGACCUCACGUUCUUGGUGGACGGGUCCUGGAGCAUCGGCGACGAGAACUUCCUGAAGAUCAUCGGCUUUCUCUACAGCACCACCGGCGCCCUGGACCGGAUUGGACCUGAUGGGACACAGGUGGCCAUAGCACAGUUCAGUGAUGACGCCAGGACGGAAUUCAAACUGAACUCCUACGGUGACAAGGAGAGACUGCUGGAUGCCAUCAACAGGAUCUCCUACAAAGGAGGAAACACCAAGACAGGUCGAGCCAUCCAGCAUGUGAAGGAGAACAUCUUCACGGUGGAGGGAGGGAUAAGGAGGGGAAUCCCCAAAGUCCUGGUGGUCCUCACAGAUGGGCGGUCCCAGGACGAUGUCAACAAAGUCUCCAAGGAGAUACAGAUGGAAGGCUACAUCGUGUUUGCCAUCGGUUUUGCGGACGCCGACUACGGCGAGCUAGUGAGCAUCGCCAGCAAGCCCAGCGACCGGCACGUCUUCUUUGUCGACGACCUCGACGCCUUCAAGAAGAUAGAAGAGAAGCUGGUGACCUUCGUCUGCGAGGCUGCCUCGGCCACUUGUCCGUCACUGCCCAUGAGCGGGAGCACAAUUCCAGGUUUCCGCAUGAUGGAGCUGUUUGGGCUGGUGGAGAAUCACUACGGCAACGUUGCUGGUGUUUCCAUGGUGCCCGGAACCUUCAACACCUUCCCCUGUUUCCACCUGCACAGCAAUGCUCUGCUGGCUCAACCCACCAGGUACAUCCACCCUGAAGGCCUCCCGUCAGAGUACACCAUCAGCCUGCUGCUCAGACUGCUGCCCAACACCCCGGAGGAACCCUUCGCUCUCUGGGAGAUCCUCAACAAGGACAACCAACCACUGGUGGGGGUCAUCCUGGACAACGGGGGGAAAACCCUGACGUUCUUCAAUAGUGACUAUAAAGGGGAGUUCCAGACGGUGACGUUUGAAGGCCCAGACAUCAAGAAACUCUUCUAUGGAAGCUUCCAUAAGCUCCACUUAGCGAUCGGUAAGACCAGUGCCAGGGUGGUGCUGGACUGUAAGCUGGUGGCAGAGAAGACCAUCAACGCAGCAGGAAACAUCACCACUGAUGGACUGGAAGUACUGGGAAGAAUGGUGCGGUCUCGAGGGAACAAGGACAACUCAGCACCUUUCCAGCUCCAGUCCUUCGACAUCAUCUGCAGCACCUCCUGGGCCAGCAGAGACAAGUGCUGUGAACUUCCGGCUCUGAGGAAGGAGGCGGACUGCCCUGCUAUGCCCAGAGCCUGUACAUGCACCCAGGACAGCAAGGGCCCCCCCGGCCCCGCAGGGCCACCUGGAGGCCCUGGAAUCAGAGGAGCUCGAGGUGAUCGUGGUGAACCAGGUCCAGUGGGGCCUGUUGGUCUAGUUGGUGAUACAGGAGUUCCUGGAGCCCAGGGGACCCCUGGUCCUCAAGGACCCAGUGGGCGUUCCAUCAUUGGACCCCCUGGAGGCCCAGGAGAGAGAGGCGAGAAGGGGGAGGCGGGACUGCCGGGACCUCAGGGGGUUCCUGGUACAGCUGGAUCACUAGGGAGAGAAGGCCAACCAGGACCAAGGGGACUGCAGGGAAAAGAUGGCCCCCCAGGAAGACAGGGCCCUUCGGGGAUCAUAGGUACUCCAGGAGCCCCGGGGGCCCCGGGUACGUCUGGUCCUCCUGGGAAACAGGGAGAUCAGGGACCACCGGGACCUCCCGGAGGCAAGGGGGAGAAAGGUGAACGGGGUGACCUUCAGUCCACAUCGUCAGUUCAAGCCAUCGCCAGACAAGUCUGUGAGCAGCUAAUCCAAAGCCACAUGGCACGCUACAACUCCAUCCUGAACCACGUACCAAGCCAGCCUGUUUCCAUCCGGACCGUACCGGGACCUCCCGGAGAGCCGGGCCGACAGGGAGCCUCGGGACCACAGGGAGAGCAGGGGCCCCCUGGAAGACCCGGUUUCCCCGGUUCCAAUGGGGAGAAUGGACAACCAGGAUCCCGAGGUCAACCAGGAGAGAAGGGUGAGAAAGGCACUCAAGGUGUUGGAGUCCAGGGCCAGAGAGGACCCCCAGGAUCUCCUGGUACCUCAGGGCAGGGCAGACCGGGCAGCCAGGGCCCCUCGGGUCGACCUGGUAAUUCAGGUAGUCCCGGUCGACCCGGGGUCCCUGGUCCAGUGGGCCCAGCAGGACCUCCUGGAUACUGCGACCAGAACUCCUGUAUGGGUUACAAUGUGGGAGAGGGCGACCCCCUCACUGAUGGUGGUGCUGUCCCCUCAGUCCAACUGCCAUCCAACACGUACCAGAACUAUGGCGAGGUUGAGGAGGAUGACCCAUACCGCUACGGGGGAAGCUACCCCCCCGAGUACUACCAGCCCAACUACCCCGCCCCGCGGCCUGUGGCACCCGGCGACCCCACACUUUCCCUGGACGACGUGGAGCUGAGGUCCCCCGGGGUCCACCGCACCGCCCGUAGCCUAGCAGAGGACGGGGAGGAAGGGAGAAGAGAGGGGGGGAUCACCCAGAAGAGGAGGCUUAAAAGUGAGGCAGACAAGUCCCCUGGGACCAUCUGA